AUGGGAUUCGCCAACCUGCUGGUCGACCUUUCCGCCGUCGCAACCGCCUCCCGCCAGGUGGCUUCAAAACAUGUUGCUCUUAGGACGCGGCAGAUCGAGCGGUACGGCAGGAGCUCAAGUGUUGUAGGGGCAGUUUUGCGGAGGCAAGGGGCAGAGCAGGAGCAGCCGCAGCCGCAGCAGCAAGGGGGAGGGGAAAGGGCGUCGGAAUCUGGGAAGCAACCAAGCGUUCACGUGGCAGAGCAUGUGAAGGAGAAGCAGAGUCCAAGGGACGAUAUCCCACCGAGGGACAAGUCGGUUGCCGCUGGGGAAACAGACACAAGUGAUGGGGGAAAGGCUGAAUUACGGGAAGCCGGGAAUGCAGUUGAGUCGACGACGAAGACCGGUGCGCAAGGAGCGAGGAACUCAGAGUUUGUCCCCGCGCCAUGGGCCGACGGGACAAUCGCGGCGCUGAAGCAGGGGUUCGUCCUGCCGAGGACACCGCCGCCCCAAAUACCGGGAAAGAGGUUGGUGGGUGGUGCAGCCGGCGUUGAUCUCAACAUCUUUCGGACAAGCCGGGGGGCGAGCAUCUUGGAGGCAUUGAAGGAAGUCGAAGAGAAGGAGCAGACGAAGGAACAGACGAAGGAACAGACGAAGGAACAGACGAAGGAGUCGUUUAUUACUCCGAGCACCGAAGAAGGAGAGGCAGUCGUGGAGAAGUCGGUGAAGGAGGCAAAGCUGCCUGACAGCAGUGACAGGGGAGUGAGCGAUAAAGCGCCUGAAACGAUACCCACGCCGCCCAGAGCUAUUGAGGCAGAGCUCACCCCCGAAGUAGCGGCCCCCGCAGCGGAAGCCCCUACCAAACCAGAACAGGUACUCUCCAAAGAAGAUGCCAGUUUGAUUGCGGACUUAACCGGCUCCGCCCCCGUUCGCACCUACGAACUCCGCGAGUCCCGGGUCCCAUCGUCAAGGAUUAGUCGGCUUUGGAAUUACGGCGGGCUUGCAGCUGGCAUGUUUGCCGGCGCCAUUGGCGAGGGACUGAGCCGGGCAGUUGGGGGCGGCGGUUCCGGCUCGGUGAUGCUCAGCGCAGCCAACAUGGAGCGGCUUGUAGCCAAGCUCUCCCGGAUGCGCGGCGCGGCACUCAAGUUGGGACAGAUGAUGAGCUUCCAGGACGCCAAGAUGCUCCCUGCGCCCAUCCAAGAGGUUCUUCAGCGAGUGCAGGACCGAGCAGACUAUAUGCCCGCCUGGCAAAGAGACCGUGUUCUUUCGUCCAACCUCGGCGCCGACUGGCGGGAUCUCUUUGGGGAGUUUGAGGAUAAGCCCAUCGCGGCGGCCUCGAUCGGCCAGGUUCACCGCGCAACUCUCAAGUCCAACGGCGCCCGUGUGGCUGUCAAGAUCCAAUUCCCCGGCGUGGCCGACUCGAUCAACUCGGACCUUGACAAUCUGGCCAUCCUUCUUGCCGCAACCAAACUGCUGCCGAAGGGCCUGUAUCUCAACAAAACCAUCGACAACGCCCGCACCGAGCUGGCCUGGGAGUGCGACUACAUUCGCGAAGCCGAGUGCGCCGAGCGGUACCGCCAACUGCUCACCCCGAGCGGCGGCAAAGGAGACGACGACGACGUCUUCUCCGUACCGCGCAUCUACCGGGAAGCAAGCGGCAAGCACGUUCUGACCAUGGAAUUCAUGAACGGGGUGGGCGUGACGCGCAUCAAGUCCUUCACACAAGAACAGCGCGACUGGAUCGGCACGCAGAUCCUGCGGCUGUGCCUGCGCGAGAUCACCGAGUUCCGCUUCAUGCAGACGGACCCCAACUGGACCAAUUUCCUGUACAACGCCGCCAACAACAAGCUCGAGCUCCUCGACUUUGGCGCCUCGCGCGAGUACCCGGACCGCUUCAUCACCCUGUACGUGGCGCUGCUCGAGGCGGCCUCCCGGUCUGACCGCGACCGGGUCAAGGCGCUCUCCGAGGACCUGGGCUACCUGACGGGCCACGAGAGCAAGACCAUGCUCGACGCCCACGUCACGUCCGUGCUGACCCUCGCCGAGCCUUUCCUCCGCAGCGCACCGGAGGUGUAUGAUUUUAGGGAUCAGACCAUUACGGAGCGCGUCAAGGCCCAGAUUCCCAUCAUGAUCCAUGAGCGGCUCGCGCCGCCUCCUGAGGAGACGUACAGUCUGCAUCGGAAGCUGAGUGGUGCGUUUUUGUUGUGCGCAAGACUGGGGAGCCGGGUGAGGUGUAGGGAGUUGUUCGAGAGUGCGCUGGAGAAGACGGGGUAUCUGCGGAACUGA